GCACGCAGGCAUGCGAACUCCCGACCCAACCGAACGUCGGGUUUUUAUUAGCAGGAAGAUCUGGGCACUUCAGAGAGAAGGUUGUCGUGUAUCCGUGGGGGCUCAGGGUCGGAGCCCAGAGCAGCCAGCACCAUAGCGUCCAACAGCUGGAACGCCAGCGGCAGCCCUGGGGAGGGGCGGGAAGAUGGCCAGGACGGCAUGGACAAGAGUCUGGACAAUGAUGCCGAGGGUGUGUGGAGUCCAGACAUCGAGCAGAGCUUCCAGGAGGCGCUGGCGAUCUACCCACCCUGCGGCCGAAGGAAAAUCAUCCUCUCAGAUGAGGGCAAGAUGUACGGUCGUAACGAGCUGAUCGCCCGCUACAUCAAGCUGCGAACGGGGAAGACACGGACAAGGAAGCAGGUGUCCAGCCACAUACAGGUUCUAGCUCGGAAGAAGGUGCGGGAGUACCAGGUUGGCAUCAAGGUCUCUAGCCACUUGCAGGUUCUUGCCCGACGGAAAUCUCGUGAGAUUCAGUCCAAGCUGAAGGCCAUGAACUUGGACCAGGUCUCGAAGGAUAAGGCUCUGCAGAGCAUGGCUUCCAUGUCCUCGGCGCAGAUUGUGUCGGCCAGUGUCCUGCAGAACAAGCUCAGCCCCCCACCUCCUCUUCCUCAGGCCGUCUUCUCUGCUGCCCCCAGGUUUUGGAGUGGGCCUAUCCCAGGACAGCCUGGACCCUCUCAGGACAUUAAACCGUUUGCACAACCAGCUUACCCCAUCCAGCCACCCAUGCCUCCAUCACUAGCCAGUUACGAGCCCUUGGCUCCACUCCCGCCAGCUGCCUCAGCUGUGCCGGUCUGGCAGGACCGCACCAUCGCCUCCACCAAGCUCCGGCUCCUCGAGUACUCCGCCUUCAUGGAGGUGCCCCGGGAUGCUGAAACGUACAGCAAACACCUCUUCGUGCACAUCGGCCAGACGAACCCCUCGUACAGCGACCCGCUGCUGGAGGCCGUGGACAUCCGCCAGAUCUACGACAAGUUUCCUGAGAAGAAAGGUGGCCUCAAGGAGCUCUAUGAGCGUGGGCCCCAGAACUCCUUCUUUCUCGUCAAAUUUUGGGCGGAUCUGAACAGCACGAUCCAGGAUGGGCCAGGGACCUUCUAUGGUGUCAGCAGCCAGUACAGCAGUGCAGAGAACAUGACCAUCACAGUCUCCACCAAGGUGUGCUCCUUUGGGAAGCAGGUCGUGGAGAAGGUGGAGACGGAGUAUGCACGGCUGGAGAAUGGCCGGUUCGUCUACCGCAUCCACCGGUCUCCCAUGUGCGAGUACAUGAUCAACUUCAUCCACAAACUCAAGCAUCUCCCAGAGAAGUACAUGAUGAAUAGUGUCCUGGAGAAUUUCACCAUCCUGCAGGUUGUUACGAACAGGGAUACCCAGGAAACCUUGCUCUGCAUUGCCUUCGUUUUCGAGGUCUCCACCAGUGAGCACGGCGCCCAGCACCACGUGUACAAGUUGGUCAAGGACUAGGGGCCCUUGAGGACGGGCAGGGGCACAAGGGGCGUGCAGGGGAGGGAGGGGGAGCCGUGCAGAAAAGCCACCCGUGCCUGUUGCCUUGUGAGGAGUCAUUUGAAGACAGGUGGAAAAGGAGGAGGAAGAAAAACAAUAGCCAAAAAAGACUGACUUGUGAUCGCAGAUGUUUUCUACUUAGGAACAAUUAUUUUUUUUUUUAAUAAAUACAUAAAAUUACCAAAAAAAAACCAAAAAAAAUAAGAAUGGGAAAGGAAGCGUAGGGAGAAAGGAAACCCACAUCCAGCACUGGAGAGGGACAGAGCAGCCCUUGGUGUUGCUGAUGAAGGCCAGGAUCCCACCGUGCCAGCAGCAGCAGCAGCAGCGGGACAUCGGAGCGGAGAACAACCCCUCCUUUCAUCCCCAGCUGAAGUGGCCCCGGUCCUGCACGGAGAGGAGCGAGCACUGACGGUCAGGAGGACACAGCACUGUGCCAGGUCUGAGACUGAUGGGCAUUGCACUGCCAGCAGUGCAUGGCACAGUCCGUGGGGACACACGGCAGGGCAGGGUGCAGCAGGAGGACGCUGCCACCUCACCAGGGAUGCUCCUUCUCCAUGCUGAGCUGGGGCACUGGAAACCAGUGGGAGUGAAGGUAUGUUUGCAUUGACAAUGCAAACCAUGGGGUUUUAUGGCUCUUUUUUUUUUUUCCCCUUUUUUUUUUUAAAUGAAAGUGCUUUUUAAUACUCUUUGAAAAGACACAAUGUAUGUAAUCAGACUGAUUGCCCUCUGAAGUGCCCAGGUGCUCCCCUCCCACCCUGCACGGGAAGUGUUUUGUUUAGGGAAAGGUUUGGGAUGUCUCCAUCUCUGGCUGGGUUUUGUGGGGGAUCCCCCGAGCCCUGUGUGCGCUUUCAGGAAUUGCACUUGGGGGUGGCCAAGGCUCAGUGUCCCCACUGUGGUCACUUGCUGAGGAGUCAUGAGUAAAGAGCAGUGAGGGCAGAUUUGCGUGAUUUAUUUUAUAUAUGUACAUUUUCCUUGUUUCGUUUUUUGUUGUUGUUGCUCCUUCACCUUUUUUUGCCUUUUUCUGUUCCAAACUGCUCCGUCCACUCUCCUGCAUCCUGUGGGAAGUGGCCAGGAAGGUGACUUGUGCAGGGAAAGAUAUAUUGAGCAAUGCAGGGCCAAGCUGUCAGUGUGCAGAGUCUGGGACAGAAACAGAGAGGGGACAGAGAACAGGAGGGGUGCCAGGAUAAGGGACAGGGUCAGCUUGGAGGUAUUUUUGUGGCUGCAUCCCAAAGUAAGCCAAGGCAGAGUGCCCAGUCCUGAGGCUACAACUGCAAGGGCAGAGUCUGGGGAAAGCAACUCCAGGGUGCAGGAGAGACAGAGGUGGCAGGGAGCAGGGUGGCAGGAGGCUGGCAGGGGGACAGAGAGCUGAGGUGGCCAGGUCUGGGUGGGUUUCUCAGGUUGGCAGGGGAGUGAGAGCAGUGGAAAGGAGGGCAGGAGUGUUUUGAGGGGCACUGCAGCCCUUUUGGGAGGGGGACAGGACAGGUUUAGGCUCAAUGCUGCCAGUGCAAGGAGCAGGGAUAGCCCCAGAGCUCAGGAAAGCACCUUGGCUGCCACCUUGAUGCCACUUGUCCUGUGAAGGCAUGGGGACUUCGACCUCUUGGUGCUGGGAAAAGCCGCCCAUCCCUGUGGGAUGGGGCAGAGCCACCCCAGCCCCUGCCAGGCAAAGGGCUCAGUGGUGGGACUGGACUGAGGUGGCUGCUGUGAGCAGGGGGAAGAGGAAAAGAGAGAGGGAAAAAUCCUAGGCCAGACACUGGCAAACCAUGCCAGGGCUGUGCUGGGGCUCUCUGGCCAAGUUCUCAUAUGUAGCAUGUUUGUUGUUUUGUAGCUUUUUGGGUUUGGUUUUUCUUUUUUUUUUUUUUUUUUUUUUUUUUUUUCCCUGAUCUAAAACUUUGGGAAUGAAAACUCAAAGCUCCCUCACCAUAAAACACAGGUGUGCCCCACUCCCAGCCCUGACAGGGGACGAAGCUCCUCAUUAACUGGACCGGUUUGUGCCUCCACCUCUCCAUCCCUCCCUCCCUCCUGCCUGCACCGAGCCCAAGGCUCACACUGCACCCCACGCACACAGACUGGUGCCCCCAGCAGCCCUGGCUGGGGUUUAGGGUUUUGGUCAUGAUCCCAGAGACACUUUCUCAACUCCCCCAGCCCCUCCAUUCUCCUCCAGUGUAUUUAUGAAUUUCACAUGAAGUACUGUUUUAUUUUUUUAAAGACUUUGUAAAGCUUACCAGGGUUACAAUCACCAUUUUUAGAGCUGCGUCAGUCCACAAUGUUAAAAGUCCAUUUUUUUAUGUAUUAUAUUUUUUGUGUAUUUUUUUUAAUCCAGCUGUGAUGGGUUGUAUCAUAUAUUUGUUGUGUUUACUGUAUCUGUCCGACUUCGAAGAGAGGAGACUCUGGAGCUCCGAGAAAACUACGGUCUGCUGAAAAAAAAAAACAUUAAAAUUAUUUGUUCAUGGGUUGGCUCAA